AUGGGUUUUGGUGAAAGCCUGUUUUGCAGACAACCAGGAUUGUCUCGUAAACACAUUGUUCCGAACGGUACAGAAUCAUUAGUCUGUUUGCACUCGAUCUUGUCUACCAUACUUAUUUCUUUUCAGACGGCUGAUUUGCAAGCAAACACCAAGACAAUAAAAACGGAGGUCAGUGAUCUGAGAAAUGGAUUGGAGCAUGAAAAACAAGAAAGAAUGAAAUUGGAGCUGUCCAACCAGCAACUGCAAGCAGUCGUCAUUCAGCACCAAGCAAGCAGCAACCAAACUUCAACAAAACUAAGAAAAGAAUUGGAAUUUGUAAAAAGUCAACUACAGAAUGAAAGCGAUCAAUUUGCUCAGCUGAAGAAUUAUUCAAUGGAAUUGCAGAAGAGCGCUGUUCAACUUCAACAAAAUCUAUCGAUUUUGACAGCAUCUGUUAAUGAGCUUCAAAGAAAUCAGUCUGGUUUAAAUGGAGCAAUUGAGGCAAUGAAACUGGAAAUCAAUUAUACGAGACAAGAACUGCAGAGUGAAAGGGAAGGAAGAAUGACGUUGCAGAACGAGAACGUGGAAUUGCGAGAAAUAAUUUUGGAGCUUCAAUCUGACAUUUUGCAUGUCAACACAACUUCAAAAGAAGUAAGGCAAGAACUGGAUCUUGUUAAAGAACAAUUGGAAAACGAAAUCCAACAUUCUGUACAGCUACAGAAUGAAACAAAGGAGUUGCAAGAAAACGCUUUUCAACUCGAACAAGACAGUUCUAGUUUUGCAGCAGCUAUUGGUCAACUAAACAUGGAUAUCAACACAACAACCGAGGCUAUAUUACCAGCUCGUUCUUGCCGUCAUAUACGUGAUGUAAACAAUGGUAUUUAUUACAUCAAACCUAUAGGUUCUGAAAACUCUUUUCCUGUCUAUUGUGAUAUGUCUAAUGGAGGCUACACAAUGGUCUAUAAGGCAGUCAGUGGAGUGCUAGCAAACUUAGCAGAUUUGUGGAUGAAUGAGGGAGUUCUCAAUGAGAAGCAUAUUGACGCCUUGAACACAAGCUACGUUUUCAAAGAUCACUACAAGAACAGAAUCGUUGACCAAUGGAGAGAGUAUAAACCCAAAGAGGUGGUUGUUGUAUUGUACACAGCAGAAGUCGAGGUGCUUCGACUGGUUUUUGAUGGUCACCUAAGCAGUAAGACUGAUUGGUUUAGCCAAGAACGACUUGCUUUCUCUCCAUACACUGAUUUGAAAACAAGUUCCACUAACUACUUUUCGAUCAAAGCACAUGGCACUCGUUAUUGGUUCAUCAAUAAAUUCUACGCAGGCUGCAACAUUGACGAAGGCUGGCUUGUCUUUUACUCUCCUGGUUUGGAUCCACACGGUUGUCCUUGGGACUCACCCAGUGAUGUAAAAAUCAAAUACAGUCGUGCUACAAACGCUACAAACUGGGCAACGGGUGACGUAGGAGAAGCAGACGUUUUGGCUGUCUUUGUUGACUAAUUAGAUAAUGAAACAAUCGAUCACAUGACGUAAUGCCCUGGUGCUCGCUUUUUCGUCUCUACUGUUGAUUCGUCUUUAUCACUUUGUCAUUAUGCUGUUUAAACAUGACGUUGCGCAUUAUUCUGCUUAUUAAAGUUAUACAGUUUAUGUAGCUGCAUGCUUAGUAAACACAGCAGUCUUAUAAACUAUAUGUCACUCAAUACUUCAAUAUGAAUGUAUCGACAGUCUUCU